CACGCGUCCCUACUGUGAGAUUAUCACCUUGUCUUUAAACCGGCUUUUAACCGAUCCUUGGAAGCACUGCAAAGAUGCCCAGGGAAGACAGGGCCACGUGGAAGUCCAACUACUUCUUAAAAAUCAUUCAACUGUUGAAUGACUACCCGAAGUGUUUCAUCGUGGGUGCAGACAAUGUCGGCUCCAAGCAGAUGCAGACCAUCCGUCUGUCCCUGCGGGGCAAGGCUAUCGUGCUCAUGGGCAAGAACACCAUGAUGCGCAAGGCUAUUCGUGGUCACCUGGAGAACAACCCAGCUUUGGAGAAGCUGCUGCCCCAUAUUCGUGGAAAUGUGGGUUUUGUCUUUACCAAGGAAGAUCUGACUGAGGUUCGGGACCUGCUGCUGGCUAACAAGGUGCCAGCUGCUGCUCGUGCUGGCGCUAUUGCUCCCUGUGAUGUAACUGUGCCAGCUCAAAACACUGGGCUGGGUCCUGAGAAGACCUCUUUCUUCCAGGCUUUGGGUAUCACCACUAAGAUUUCCAGAGGAACCAUUGAAAUCCUGAGCGAUGUGCAACUGAUUAAGCCUGGAGAUAAGGUGGGUGCCAGUGAGGCCACGCUGCUCAACAUGCUGAACAUCUCGCCCUUUUCCUACGGGUUGAUCAUCCAGCAGGUCUAUGACAAUGGCAGUGUGUACAGCCCUGAGGUGCUGGACAUCACUGAAGAUGCCCUGCACAAGAGGUUCCUGGAGGGUGUGAGGAACAUCGCCAGUGUGUGUCUGCAGAUUGGCUACCCUACUCUUGCCUCUAUCCCCCAUUCCAUCAUCAAUGGAUACAAGAGGGUGCUGGCUGUUGCUGUGGAGACAGACUACUCCUUCCCCUUGGCUGAAAAGGUUAAGGCUUUCCUGGCUGACCCCUCUGCCUUCGCUGUGGCUGCUGCUCCACCUGCCGCAGUGGUAACCGCUGCUGCUGCUGCUCCUGCUGCCGCUGCCGAGCCAGCCAAGGAGGAAUCCGAGGAGUCUGAUGAAGACAUGGGCUUCGGCCUGUUUGACUAAAAAGCAGAGUCACCAAACCUGCUUAUUUGACAUCAAUAAAUGAAUAAACCUA